AUUAAAGAACGUGGAACUCGUGAAAUUAAAAUAUUCAGAUCAAGAGAGUAACCAUAAAUUGUGAUAGCAUGGUUCUGCAUCUCAACUUUGCUUGUCUCCGAUGGAUCCCACCAUGAAUCCAACUCCAACUCCAAGCUCCGCCGGCAACAGUGUCUGCACAGAUGAAUUGACCAACCUUCCCCCGGAGGACUCGCCACUCGACAGCGAGAAGGAUGAUAGCGUUGACUUCAGCCAGGAGCAAGGAUCGGAGUCAAAUGAAGCUAUUGACACUGAGAAUGGUUCAAGAUCCGUAGACAAGAACCAAUACUCUGAAACUGAAGUUGUAGUUAGAGCAAAAGAUUUACAGACAGAACCUGAUUCACUGGAUGAUGAUGUGGAGAUUGUGAUCAAAAACCAACAUAAGUAUUACAUAUACUGCCCUUGCUGUGGUGAAGAUAUCACCAAAACAGUCAAGCUCGUGAAGAUAUCAGAUCCCAAACACACAAAAGACCAUGACAAAGCUGUUGACAGUGACACUGAGAAUGGUUCAAAAUCCAAAGACAAGAACACAAAGGUUCCAUCAUGGUUCUCUGAUUUUAUUCAGCCGCUGUUUUCUUCUGAAGACAGAGGAAAGAAAGGGGUUGUUGAUUCAGAGUUACUAGGAACUUACGAAGAUCUCGGUAUCAUUGGUGAGGAACCGAGCAUAGAUGUCAGUAACGAGAAAGACAGACCGAGUUUUCCAAAGUGGUACCUCGAUGUUUUUGCUUGGUUAUUCCUCUGUAUUAUUAUUGCUCUUUCUGUCCUUUCGACUUCUCCACCGCCUUUCAUUCAACCACAUCUGCAAUUACCAUCUAUGCCUACAUUGAGGAUGCCUUCUGCUUCUGUACUUUUGUUACUUCCCACAUCUGCGGUGUUGCUUCUCUUCAUUAUUUCAAUGAGGUCCCGUUUCACUCCGAGAUAUCACAAGGAGAAAGGCGAGGUCGUUCCCAAGUCUACUGAUUCCAAGUCUCACGAUGACCAAGCUGCAAAUACUGAUCAAGAUUUUGACAAGAAAACAGAGAAACCUUCCAAGCAAACUGUCAAUAAGGAAACUCAAAAUCACGAUAAAGAAGCUGCAGAUCCUGACCAAGAUGUAGACAAGGAAACAGAGAACCAAAAAAGUCACCUAACUCCGAUAUAUCCUUCACCACUGGAGCAACCUUCCAAGCAAAUUAUCAAUAAGGAAACUCAAACAGAACCUAUGUUGCCACCUAAUGCUCAAUCAGAGAUCCCAAAUAGUGUUGAACCACGCAAAGGCGGUAAUAAAGUAGAAAUUCUGAAAAGUAUUGUGUAUGGAGGUCUUACAGAAUCCAUCACAAGCCUAUGCACGGUAACAUCUGCGGCAGCUUCUGGUGCUUCAACUCUGAACGUUUUAGCCUUGGGAGUUGCCAAUUUGUCAAGCGGUCUUCUUCUGACUGUUCACAGCCUCCAAGAACUAAUAAACGAGAAACCCAGAAAACAAACCAACACUGAUGAUUCUCCAGAAGAAGGAGAAGGAGAAGAAGAUCGAUACGAGGAAGUACUCGGGAGAAGAGAGUAUUCGAGGAUUCACAGAGUGAUCGCAAUCUCUUCUUUCGUCAUCUUCGGAUUGAUCCCACCUUUAGUAUACGGUUUCUCGUUUCGAAAAAAGAUGGAAAAGAGACAAGAGUACAAGGUUUUAGCUGUUUACGCAGUGUCUCUACUCUGCAUCGUCUUGCUCUCAAUAGCGAAAGCUUACGUGUCGAAGAAACGCGAUUAUGUCAAGACUCUGUUUCGGUACACGACGACGGCGACGACGGCGUCGGGAUUCUCUCAAUUUGUGGGAUACUUGGUGAGUCAAUGGCUUGAGAAAAGCGGGUUUUAUGAUGAUUCUCCAGAAACUCAACGAGUUUGAAACGAGUUCUUGUUCGUCUUCUCUUCACUUCCCCUGUUCUUUUCGUACUCUUUACGUGGCCCAAUUUAUUUUCCUUAAAAGUGGUAGAAUUGUUUGAUUUUGACCCCAAGAAAAAAAACUUUUUUUGUGUGCUAGACUUGGCUCUCUUUCAAGUUAGUUUUGGAUCAAACACUUGUUGUUGCUGAGAAGGUUCCGUGAACAAGAAUUCUGUAACAUGUUCUAGUGCCAAAAAUAACCAGUUCAUAAGGUUUUAUAGUGCAUGUUAAUUAAUAAAUGUUGUUACCUUAU